AGAAAACAGUUUCCUCUUUUCGUUUUCUUCAUAACAAAUCUCUCUCUCUCUCUCGAUUCAUCCAUCUUUCCCAUUUUCUUUACUAGAUUUUCCCAGAUAUCAUUUGGAUUCAAAUCUGAUAUAUAUUUUUUUGGCUCUUGAUAAAGUUUGUUCUUUGUAAUUGGCGGUUUCAAAUUCGUGAUUUUCCAUUAGAUUUGUUGCAUCCUGUUUCUUCACGUUUGCAAUAAUACAAAACAGAGCAGUUUCUACAUUCUCUUCCUUUUCCUUUCGAUUCGAUCUCUUUUAUCGGAUUCCGAAGGUUUUCCAGGAAAAGAAUCGCUUCCGUGUCGCCGAUCUUUCGUGACCCAUCGCCAAAAGCUAUCCUUUUUACUCUCUCUCUCUCUCUCUCCGCUCAACAACUUUCCCAGAAAAUCUCUCUUUUCCGAGGAAAAAAAAAACAAAUCCAUGACGGAAAAAUCCAAACUUUUGUCCCUAAUUGCAUAUCUAGCCCUCAUUCCGCUUCUGGGUCUCCAUUUUGAUCCCGUCAAUGGGCUCGGCGUCAACUGGGGAACCAUGGCGACUCACAAACUGCCGCCGAAGACGGUGGUUCAGAUGCUCAAGGACAAUAACAUCAACAAAGUCAAGCUAUUCGACGCGGAAGAAUCCACCAUGAAAGCUCUCGCUGGUUCGGGCAUGGAAGUGAUGGUGGCGAUUCCCAAUGAUCAGCUUCGAGUAAUGGGAAGUUACGAUCGAGCCAAGGAAUGGGUACAGAGGAAUGUCUCUCGUUAUAACUUCAAUGGCGGCGUUAAUAUCACGUUCGUAGCUGUCGGAAACGAGCCUUUCCUGAAAUCCUACAACGGAUCAUUCAUAAAUCUCACGUUCCCUGCCCUCCAGAACAUCCAAAACGCUCUAAACGAAGCCGGCUUAGGAAACGUCAAGGCAACGGUCCCGUUGAACGCCGACGUAUAUGAUUCGCCGGCAAGCAAUCCCGUGCCAUCUACCGGGAGGUUCCGACCCGAUAUCCUCGGCCAGAUGACCCAGAUUGUCGACUUUCUCGGCAAGAACAAUGCCCCUUUCACCAUCAACAUCUACCCUUUUCUCAGUCUUUACGGAAACGAUGACUUCCCUUUCAACUACGCUUUCUUCGACGGCGCUACUCCCAUCAUUGACAACGGGAUCGAGUACAAUAACGUCUUCGAUGCUAACUUCGACACCUUGGUCUCGGCUUUGAAAGCUGCCGGUCACGGAGAUAUGCCCAUCAUAGUUGGAGAAGUUGGUUGGCCAACCGAGGGUGACAAGAACGCGAAUAAUGGCAAUGCUUUUAGAUUCUACAAUGGACUUUUACCGAGACUUGCAGCCAACAGAGGCACACCAUUGAGGCAAGGUUACAUCGAAGUAUACUUGUUCGGGUUACUCGACGAAGAUGCCAAGAGCAUUGCCCCGGGAAACUUCGAACGACACUGGGGAAUCUUCAGAUUCGAUGGGCAACCAAAGUUUCCUUUAGAUUUAUCGGGUCAAGGCCAGAACAAGCUACUGAUUGGAGCGCAGAACGUGACCUAUCUCCCGAGCAAGUGGUGCCAGUUCAACCCGCAAGCCAAAGACAUCAGCAAACUGGCAGACAACAUAGACUUUGCCUGCACUUAUUCCGAUUGCACGGCUCUUGAGUAUGGAUCGUCGUGUAACGGUCUUGACGUGAAUGGAAACGCUUCAUACGCAUUUAACAUGUAUUUCCAAGUGAAGAACCAGGACGAGGACGCUUGUUUCUUCCAAGGGUUGGCCGCCAUUACCACGGUGAACAUUUCUCAGGGCCAGUGCAAUUUCCCCAUUCAGAUUGUUGCUUCUUCUUCUGCUUCAUCAUCUUCUUCUUCUCUGGUUCUGUUGAUGGCCGGGAUAUGGUUUCUCUGGUUACAGGUAAUAAUGUUUUUCUCUUAGAUUCAGUGCUCGGAACUCGGGGAGAAUUUUGGUUGAUUCAUUCAUGAUUUCAUGAAAUUCUUUUGUCAAUCGACUGAAUCAUAUAUAGUAGUGAUUCAUUCUUUUAGUAUGGAAAAUCAUUGAAACUAAGAACUAAGAUUCGUUGAACAUCUUUCAAGUUCGGAUUGUUGCUUAGUUCCCGAUUCAAGCUAUUGUGUUAUAUA